CCAAACUCUGCUCAGCUUACCUACCGCAUCCACAGUCUCAGAGCUCGCAGAGGUCUAAUGGGCAGAAAAAAAAAACCCCCCGAAGCAAUCCUGGCAUCGAUCCUGGCACCGGUAUUGUUUUUGUCUUUCUUAUAUGCUUCACUCUGGGAUCAAGCAUUGAUAUUUGAAAGGGGCAGUAUUAGGAAUAGUUUGAGAGGAAUACUUGGCAGGAGUAUCCUGGCGUCACGCGCUUCCUUGAAGUCAGCGUUGACGACAACAGCAGCCCCACAGACGCUUGACCAGCCUGCACUGGCGGAGAAGCGAAGGUCCUUGCACUCGGUGGUUAGCGAAUCGGGCCAUAAACUGACGUUUCUAGGAUUGCUUGAGCAAGCCCACUUCAGCCAGGACCAAGGAGCUUAUACUUGAAUGCUCCAAGCGGGACUUGGUUGCGAUUGAUUGCCCGAUUGGACCAGGCCUGUUUGCCGCAAAGCGCUCCUUGAAGAUACAUCCUCACCCUAGUCUUCUGCCAUUAACGUUUGUUCAUGUAUGUGGAUCCCAUUGGCGGGAUCAAUUUGAACUGGAGAAAUUGGUAUAUAUUGAGUUCCUGCUCUGCUCUCCUGUCCAUGAAAAUCUUCAUUGCCCUUCAUUCCUCCUCCCCUUCGAAAAAACCCAACCGCGCUUGUGUUGUGUUCAGCAAGCUUUCCACUCAUUUUUCCAUUCAUUUUUUUUUUAAAACCCAACCCACCAACCCUCUUCAGGAUCAAAUCACCCGCUCUUUCUGCUCUGCAUCAGUGAUACCAGUUUGAACACUGCAUCCUCUCAUUGCAUCAAGAACAACAUGAACCGUAUCCAACUUUCCCUGCUUUUCCUCGCCGUGUGCUCGGGGCUUUCCCAAGCUCUUGGCUCCCCACACAAAUCCCACAAAUCUGCACCACGUAAGGUGGUGGCGCCGAAAUCCCGGACCGUCUCGCAAUGCACUCCGAUGUCCGAGACCUUCUCAUCCUCCGGAUUGCCUCCUUCCUGGGUCCAACUUUCGACCAAUCCUCAGGCUCACAAGAUGAACCCCGGGGGUGGUGUCAAUCUUGCACUCAACCCUCCUGUUGGACCUGUCUUGCAAUCCGCAAAUGGCAAGACCAACGACAAGCUGGGUGAUGGUUCCACCCUGAACUCGACUUACUCUUUCCUCUACGGUAAAGUUUCCCUCACCCUUGCUGCCUCGGACGUACCCGGUGCGGUUGUAGCACUUGUCCUCUUCGGCACAACCACCGCCGAUGAGAUUGACAUCGAGAUCCUCGGUGGGGACGCCAAGCAUUGGCAGACCAACGUUUUCCGUCCCGCGCCGGGGGAAACCGAGCCUCUCUACGGCGUCUUCGGUGGUGUUCACGACUACGCCAACGGGGGAACCACUGGUGGCAUCCACACCUACACAGUUGACUGGAGUCCUUCCGGAAUCACUUGGUCAGUUGACGGCCGUCCCGUUAGGACCUUGACUCCGGACCAAACCCUCCACAAUGGCCAACGUCACUACCCUUCAGCCCGCUCGCGCAUCCAACUCGGAUUAUGGGACGCCAGUAGCCCCGAGGGCACCAGUGACUGGGCACACGGACCAGUGCCAUGGGCCAAACGUCAACGAAAACCGGUGACUGCUUUGAUCAAGUCGAUCAAAGUCGAAUGUCCAUACUAGUCCAUUCACUUCUACUUUUAUCCUUUUUUUUCGUCUUUUUUUAUCAAACGGUCAAUACCGUCGUUACCACACACACUCUCUACAAUUUUUAUUUCUGUAGUAGUACCAAGCCCAUUUUAGACCUCUGGACGUUUGACACCCUUGCAUGUAUCUUAUCGAUUUAUACACAUUCAAUUCUAUAUAUCCAGCUUUGGAAAUAUUAACGUUUUUGCCAUUCUUUGAUGGGUUGUUCCUGACUGUUGCUUACCACAGCAUGUGCCUUGAUAGAAUUAGGCUGAUAAAUUGCUGAUUAUGUACAACAAAUAGUCUACUUGCACAAAUAUGCCACAUCUCCUCUAGGUUGAAACAGACCUUGCGCAUAUUCUGGUAGACUUGAUGCACUUGUUGCUUUUCAUUCUAUCUUUUCAAUUUAACUAACAGAAAAAAAAGACAAACAUGUGAACAAAUGACAUCAACAUCAUUGUGUUGUCUUUUCUUCAAAAAAUGGUUAUAUGCAAUUC